CCGGCGCGCGGGGCGCUGGGACUUGUAGUUUCGGCUCCGCCCCCACCGCGGGGCGGCAACGUUGGCGAGCACUGCGCCUGCGCCGGCUGGCAGAGAGGCCGGGGCCGCGGCGGCUCGCGCCGGGUGAUGCUAGGCGGCUCCCUGGGCUCCAGGCUGUUGCGAGGUGUGGGUGGGAGUCGCGGGCAGUUCCGGGCGCGAGGUGUCCGCGAAGGUGGCGCAGCCAUGGCGGCAGGGGAGAGCAUGGCUCAGCGGAUGGUUUGGGUGGACCUGGAGAUGACAGGAUUGGACAUUGAGAAGGACCAGAUUAUUGAGAUGGCCUGUCUAAUAACUGACUCUGAUCUCAACAUUUUGGCUGAAGGUCCUAACCUGAUUAUAAAACAGCCAGAUGAGUUGCUGGACAGCAUGUCAGAUUGGUGUAAGGAGCAUCAUGGGAAGUCUGGUCUUACCAAGGCAGUGAAGGAGAGUACAAUUACAUUGCAGCAGGCAGAGUAUGAAUUUCUGUCCUUUGUACGACAGCAGACUCCUCCGGGGCUCUGUCCACUUGCAGGAAAUUCAGUUCAUGCAGAUAAGAAGUUUCUUGACAAAUACAUGCCCCAGUUCAUGAAACAUCUUCAUUAUAGAAUAAUUGAUGUGAGCACUGUUAAAGAACUGUGCAGUGUCAAUGUAUUACUUGAAGGAGGUAAUUAUUCAGUGUAUUUGAGACAGCUUCCUUUGAGAGUUCCAUUUCUACUGUGUGUAGACGCUGGUACCCAGAAGAAUAUGAAUUUGCACCAAAGAAGGCUGCUUCUCACAGGGCCCUUGAUGACAUUAGUGAAAGCAUCAAAGAACUGCAGUUUUACCGAAAUAACAUCUUCAAGAAAAAAACAGAUGAAAAGAAGAGGAAAAUUAUAGAAAAUGGGGAAAAUGAGAAGACUGUGAGUUGAUGCCGGUUCUUACGCGGCCACCACGUAGUUCUCUGGAAGCGGCCUCUGGUGGUUCCCCACUCACGCUGAUGGCUUGGCCGAGCACCUGCUUUCAGUUAACUCGCAUCUCCAGAUUCCUCCACCACACAGCACCCGAAACACUGUUUCUCUCUUAUAGGCUGUUUCCAUUAUGACGCAGCAUCUCCUUUGUAAGUACCAGGUCAUGUCCAUUCCUUGGUACAUAUCUGCAUUUGCUUUUAGACCAUUUCUUUCAUUUAAAUAAAUAAAUUAAAUAAAUAAAUAAAUAAAGAUAGUUCUAUUGAAAUGCAAA